GAUGACGUCGCUGGAGCAAGGUCCACCAGCAUUCUACUUGUGCUGUGCUUGAUAUCUUUAUCAGGAAAAUAUUACUCGAAUGCAAUGAUAUUUUUAAUAUUUUUUCACUGUAAAUGGAGAAAUUGGAAGGACUGUCGGAAGGAAGCCUUCUGGUGAAAAACAUCUUGGGAAUUCAUAAAUAGCCUAAGUGUAAGCUGUAGCUGAACCCCUUACUCUUCUACUAGAAGAGUAAGGAAAAAACUUGGCUAGAGGAUUUGCUUUUAGAAAUGCUUCUGAAGAAGAAUCCAAGCUCUAAGAAAAAAAAAAUAGCUUAUUUUUUCCAUAGUGUACUUGACACACUUUAUAAUGUAUCCAGCAAGAAGAACGAGUAACAAACUGAAAAACAAAAGAAAGAGCAAGAAAGGAGAACGUCAAGAAAUGUCUACCAAUUUAAAAUACCUUUCCUUGGGCAUCCUGGUUUUUCAGACCACAAGUUUAGUCUUGACCAUGCGUUAUUCUCGGACGCUGAAAGAAGAAGGACCCCGUUACUUAUCCUCUACUGCAGUAGUUAUUGCUGAACUUCUGAAGAUUUUGGCCUGUGUUCUUUUGGUCUACAAAGACAGCAAGUGCAAUUUGCGGACUCUGAACAGAGUGCUACAUGAUGAAAUCCUUAAUAAACCCAUGGAAACUCUUAAACUUGCUAUUCCUUCAGGCAUUUAUACUCUUCAGAAUAACUUGCUGUAUGUAGCACUGUCAAAUCUAGAUGCAGCCACAUACCAGGUUACAUAUCAACUGAAAAUUCUUACUACAGCAUUGUUUUCUGUGUCCAUGUUAAGCAAGAAGUUGGGCGUAUACCAGUGGCUUUCAUUAGUGAUAUUGAUGACAGGAGUGGCAUUUGUGCAGUGGCCUUCAGACUCUCAAGCAACAGCUGCUAAGGAGCAUUCAGCAGGUUCUCAGUUUGUAGGACUGAUCGCAGUUCUCAUAGCAUGCUUUUCUAGUGGAUUUGCUGGGGUUUAUUUUGAGAAAAUUUUAAAGGAAACCAAACAAUCUGUGUGGAUCAGAAACAUCCAGCUUGGAUUUUUUGGUAGCAUAUUUGGACUGAUGGGUGUAUACAUUUAUGAUGGAGAACAACUUUCAAAGAAUGGAUUUUUUCAAGGAUACAAUAAACUUACAUGGAUAGUUGUUGUUCUACAGGCACUCGGAGGGCUGGUGAUUGCUGCUGUUAUAAAAUAUGCAGACAACAUUUUAAAGGGAUUUGCAACUUCUCUCUCCAUUAUACUGUCGACACUGAUCUCCUAUUUCUGGCUGCAAGAUUUUGUCCCUACCAGUGUCUUUUUCUUCGGAGCUGUCCUUGUGAUAGCAGCUACUUUCCUAUACGGUUAUGAUCCCAAGCCUGCAGGAAAUCCCAUUAAGGCAUAACAGACUUCCUCAUCAGCCCGCUUCUCAAGAUCAUGCGCUGGGGGCCUUGCUAACAAUCGCGUGUGGGAAGUGUUAUUGUGCACUGCAAGGGAAGGAUUGCUACCCUGAAUCUAUUGAAGAAAUGCUUAUGAGCAGUUUUGAUCAGCCAGAGGGGUGAAAGGUGGAUGAUGACACUGUCUGUAACUGAUGGGGGAAAAUAUAUAGCAGGGGAAUGCCCAGUGCAGCUUGCUAAUAAAAACUGGAAUGGAACAAAAAGUUUCUAAGAAACUACAAUUAGGAAUGUUUACAGCUUUGACUGGGAUUGCAUCAAAAGAAUUUACUGUACUGACUGCUGCAGAAAUAUGUCCUAUGCACUCUUCAAAAGAGCACAUGACCACAUUGUCAGAUUGUAUGUUUUUGCAAUUUGACUAUAUUUAAUCUUAGUAGAUAUGUUUUUAACUGAUUGUCUAUUUACAUGAAAUCAGCUAAAUAUACAUCAUAAAGUGAUGGUUCUAAUUAGGUAUUUCUUAUUAAAACUGUGAAGAUUGAAGUAUGAUUGAAAGACACUUUCAUAAUAUCAGCUAAUUUUAUAUUUUAGAAGGCUGAUUUAAUAACAGAAGUCUGUUAUUAAAUUAUAAUAUUAUAAUGCUCCUGCUUAUAUAAAACUACUGUAAGAAUGUUAACAUUCUCACCUAAGUACUCAAAGGGAGAAAUUCAGAGUGAAGGCUGGAAGUCUGUGUUGAUACUUCAGCCUUCAUCAGGAUAGCCUGUAGUGGUCCAGCAGAUGUAAUAACUCUGCGAGUGCUGUCUCGAGGUUACUGCAUUAACCUGGUACUAAGAGUAGGGUUAUGAUGGAGUGCUUGCUCAGAUGUAAUGUUCAUUGGUUUUAUUUUUAUUGAUUAUAAAUCAACUUGUUGAUAGAACCUUUAAAGUAGUUUUUAUGCUUUAAAUAUCCUCAAGGGAUUUUUUUUAACCACAAUUCAAAAAAAACCAACCUAUAAUAAACAUUUUAAAUGCAUUACUGUUGUCUGUAACAGCUCCAUCUGGAGCUAUUAUGGUAUAUCAUCCGUAUACUGUACUGUACUUUAUUACAGAAGUGUUUUUUAAACAAGUGUUGUUUACUCAUGAACUCUCCAAGGCUUUUUGAGUACCUUUCUAUGUAAUGGUUUAAUUAGAGAUUUAUUAUUAUUAUUAUUAUUAUUAUUAUUUUUAUUUUCUUCUGGGAAUCCUUGAGCCAACAGACCAAAAUGGGUUGCAGCUAUUUGGUCUAGUCAUGGAAUUACUUUAAUAGGAAGCAUAGUAAAAAAAGUAAUUAAUUGUGCAAUAGGUAGGUGUAAAUGUGUGCUCUUUAUCUGCUUUAAACCAAAAAAAUCUUCACAAAGAAACUGAGAUGCAGCUAAAACUUAUAUCAAUCAGGCUGUUGCAAACACUUCACUUGUUGAAGUGUUUGUAUAUAGCCAGAAAUACAAAAAGAAAAAAGCCAGAACUAAUAAACAAAAAAAAGCUGUUUAAAAAUUACUAGUUUUCAGGAGACCUCUUCACAAUGGAUAUUAAUGUGCAGUGACUUCGCAUCCACGUUACACACGUAAAGGUGUGCAUUUGUACAAAAACGUAUCAAUAGGCCCUUACGUGUAGAAUCACAAGUGAUAAAAAUGUAUGAUUUCUUUCCCUUCCCUGUGCUCUUUCUCGCUUAUGUCUUGUGCUAGUGAACACAUUGUGGAGAGAGGCGUUUUAAAAUGUUUACCAAGUACCUCAUCCUUUUUCCCACAUUUUAGUGGUGGAUUGACAAGGAGAUGCUGAAGUAUUGUAAAUGGGAAAGGAAAAAUUCCACUUAGGUCAGCCUAGUUAAAAUAGGAUUUUCCUUCCGUUAGCAAUGACACGGAUUAUCAACUUUUUAUUUGCUGAUCAUAUCAGAGUAAGACAUUAAAGAAAUUUCGGAGCUAUGCCAAGGGCUUGUUAAGCUUUGUGAAUAGUAAAUCUACCCCAGCCUGCCAUAAUUGCAGGAGCUCUGCUGCUUUCUAGUCAAAGCCAUCUUGUUUUACCCUAAAUUGGCAUUCUAUGUUAAUAUUAAACCUUUUACCUAGAACAUUCAAUGUGGCAAAGUCUUUGAAAAAUUGCAUUUAGACAUUUCACCACUGAAAUACAACAUGGGGUAAGGUGUACGUGUGGAGCAGAGGCUCGCGGCAGCGUGUAGUGUAGCAUGGGAAGCAUUCAACUCUGAAAUGAACAGAAAAGUGUUAGCAGUAACAGCGAACUGGAGUUUGGCCUAUAUGGUAAUACCUUUAAAUUAAUGAACCGCAGUGGUGGAAAUGUGCAGGUGAUGUAACUGGUUACUUCUUUGAGGAAUUUCUUCAAAAAACAUGAGCAGUAUGUGGGGAAAAUUAAAGGCGGUUGCACAGGAAAGGAUCGAAUCAGCCAAACAAGUUCACGCUGAGUUCUGUUGCACAAAACCCUGGUUUAAUGCUUCGGGUGCAUCUGACAGUAAGUGGCAGCAAGCAUUGGUUUAAAGGAACAACAGGAAUAUGCUCUUGGUUUUUGAAUAGGGCAUCCUACAGCUUUGGAAAACAAUGUAUCUGCUGUGCUGAGGAACAGAACUCCUGUGUAUAGAUCAGUGACUCUUCCAUCCUUUCAACUGACACUUGCAUUAUAUUUUCCAGCAGAGGGGUAGGUCUCUUCCUACACUUGGAAAUAGGGGUUUGCGUUUUGAGCUGUCUCAAACCAGACUCCAGUCUGAGGCCCUCUGGGUUAAAAAGCAUUAUUGUAGCCGGAGGGAAGACAGCGUUUCCUGAGAAACAGAAGGCAUUUGAGGGCAGUUUACUGAUUUCUGUAGCCUCUGCAAGCUGAGAGCAUGUGCGCGUUUUCUCGUGGAAAUAUUUUUGUAUCUAGAUUUUAAAUCAUAAAAAAGGAAAAACAAACCCAGGCGGUUUUUAGUGUGUAACUCGUGGACUUGCCAAAGAAGCACAGCCAGCACAGAGCCCUGGGAAGCAGGGAGAGUGUGCUUUCAGUUUGCCCUCAAAGCAAUCUGUAAGGGUUGAACUUUCAAAAAAAUAAACCUGUCUGAGCUAUUUUUCUGACUUUUAGACAAUGUAUUUGUUAGUUUAGUUGUAUAUUUAGGAGACUAACCUAUACUUAGCACAAUUUUAUUUAAAUAUUUAUAAAGUUACAGCUAAGUAUUUAUUUGCAAUAAUUUGAAUUAUGUGAUUUUUUUAAAGACUUGCAUAAUGGGAGUACUAGUAUUUAUUGAAUACUUGGAUAUUUAGUUGUAUUUGUGAAUCUCUGGGAUACACAACAAAUGGUCGAAUAACAAUAAACGUAGAACUAUCUUCAAGGCAAAAUAAAUCAGCAGUUCAAUGGUGAAAAAUAGCAAGUCUAGUAAGUAAGAUUAACAUUUCUUUGAACGUUGUAUUUCUGUGCGAUCCACAAGUGCCCAGUCUUGUUUCUCAAAGAAUUCAGAUAAUUUUAUAGUUCUAUUCAAGUUCUUUGUUUUAGGCAAAAUAUAAGAAAACAUACCUUUUUGUUUGCUUUAAAAAUUACUAUUAAAUUUAAUAAUUUAAUAUUCUGGAUUAAGCUUCUAUGCGAUAACACCUUUGGGUUUUUACUGUAACUUUUUAGAAACUGUUAUUUCUUUUUUACUUAGAAAAGCCUGGUCUUAUUUUGGUAGCAUAUACUUGGUGUUUCUGUCACUCAUACAGUCCUCUCAUGGAUUUUCAGAAGUAUGUAAUUAUUUUGUGUUCCUAACUUAUUUUUAUGGCUGUAAUUCAAAAGACUGUAAUGGAUUUUGUUAAAUUGUUUUAAAACUGAUAAAUGAAACAUUGCAUUUCUUCUGGUUUUCAUUGUCAGUAACUUUCAUAGUUUAAUAUAUUUCAUGCAUGUUCUGUUUUAUUUAAGGAUCAUUGUUUUCCAGAUUAGAAGUUGUUGCUCAUUUCCUCUUGCUGACAUUGUUUCUUGAUGGAUAUUGUAAAUGAGGAAAGUUAUUCAUUGGUUUCUUCUUUGAAAUCCUUGUUUUGUAACAAUGAGAUAUUAAAAAUCAUUAAGGGUUUUUUUUGUGUGUACUAGAAAGGUGGUGUUUAUCAAUAAUAUGGUAUUACAUCAUAUAUGCAGUAGUGUAUCAUGACCUGUGGUGUCUGGUUAUUGUAAGAAAGUCCAAGAAGUGUUUCCUUGCCUUUGUUUUCGUUGUUCUGUUCAUUUUUAAUGUUGAUUAUUUUCCACGGGAAAUAAUAUUUUCCACGCUAAAGAGUCCUUCUGUUUUCAGGUAAGCUAAUUAUAUGUUUUCAAAUAUCUAGAAUUAAACUAUUUUUACUAGAAAAAGCACAAGGGAAAAUGCACCAAAAUAAGUGGGAUUAAUUAGAUGAUAUUUUAUGCUCCAGUGAAGCCAAAUCUCUGCUUAUUUCAGUGUAUAACUUUUUCUAACUACUUCCUGCUAGGUAAUUUGUAGUCCUUUCUAGAAGCAAAAAAGUCUAUCCUGAGGUGCCAUUCAGUGUUCCUUCUUGAAUGUCUGCUGCAUGUUUGCAUCCAAAAAUAGACAUGGCAUUUUUAACUCUUGCCUUCAACUUUCUGUCAUCGUUCUGACUGUAAUUAGCCAUAUUAAUUUAAUUAGCAAUUAAUAGCUCAGUAAAAGUGGCUUAUAUAUUAAGCAUAUGUUGAUAUUUGCUGCCAUGAGUAACACUUUUUUAGGCUUUUAAAAGUUUGUCUUUAUUUUCAGUAUAUUUUGAAUUUAAUUUUAAAUAAAUGAGCCCAACUGUAAGUCAUAUAUUUGGACUUCAUAGAAAAAUUUUUAAGAUAGCCUUAGAAUUUUUUAAUAUGUUGAAAUUUGCGUGUGAUUACACUGAAUACAAUUUGAAUAUACGGUAUUUUCAGGCAGUUUGGAAACAGAGUCUUUCUUUGUGUAACAGUGCUGAACUAUGGAAUACAUCUUAAAUGACCUAAUACAGUCUCUUUUUAAUCCAUAAUGAGGUAAAAUACUGUAUUUUUUCUCCUCUAUAUGUAGAUAACGUCACUAUAGCAACAAACUGGUUAAAAUUAAGCACCAGCUUUGUUAAGGAUAUGAUAUAAAACUGACAGCUUUGUAAAUGGAGAUGCUUCCCUUGUGCAUAGCUCAGCAGAAGUAAAACAACAUUUUAAUAAAUAUUUUUAUUUCAGAAUAUAAAUUUUGGCAUAAUUUUCUAUAGACUCUAGAAGACUCUUGUAAGAUUUUUUUUUUUGUCGUAUCUUUUCACAUACAGCUUAAUGAAUUUUGCCAGGAACUUACUUUUGACUGAGACAUGACUCUCGUUAACCACUGUAUCAUGACUUCUUGUAAAUCACAUUCCAGCAGUGUUAUUGUGA